AUGGCGGCGGAGAUGCAGGGAGAGGCGGGCGCGGUGGCGCCGGAGGCGGUGGAGAUGCAGGGAGAGGCGGGCGCGGUGGCGCCGGAGGCGGUGGAGAAGGAGACCGGCAGGAUGAUCCGCCUGACGAGCCACGGCGGCAAGACGUACGAUGUGACGGAGGCGUCGGCGAGGCAGUCCAAGACCAUCGGAGAAAUGAUCGACGCGGGCCGCACCCAGGACAUCUCCCUCCCCGACAUCUACUCCGGGACUCUCGAGAAGAUGAUCGAGUACUGCAACAAGCACGCCACCGUCAGCGACAGGGAGGAGCUGGAUAGCUGGGACGAGGCCUUCAUCAACAAGCUGGACGAGGACGGGAGAUCCGUCUGCGCGGUCAUCGUGGCCUCCAGCCCCGACCACCUCGACAUCCUUGGACUCCACGACCUCAGCGCCGAGUUUAUCGCCAGCAAGAUCAGGGGCAAGACUCCCCAGGAGAUCCGCGACCUCCUCGGCAUCGAGAACGACUACACGGAGGAGGAGGAGAGGGAGAUCCUCCUGAUGAACGCCUUGAGAUUCAACGACCCGAUCACACGCAUGCUUUCCCAUGAUCCGUAG